CUUUUUCUCUUUUCAUUUUGAGUUAUUGAGAAACAUAUAUAAAUUGCUAUUCCUUUCGAUUAACUAUUGUUACAUAGCAGCAACACUAACCAUCGAUCUGCUUCAACAUGUCUUCAAUACUUUCGGAAGCGGCAAAUAAGGUCAACAAAUACCUUGAUUUUGGGGGCGUACACAUUGAUUUGGAUCAAGUGCCCAUUGCCACCACGGUCGCUGCAACUGCACUCACUAUUGUUGGGAUACUGGCACUCAAAUACAAUGACCGCGCGGUUUUUACCAAAUGUCGGGAUGAUGUCCCGUUUAUUAAAGGUGCUCCGCUUGUUGGUAGGCUAUUCCAUCAGAUUGCUGUAGUCGAUAUGAUUUAUGAAGACCUUGUCGAAAGCUUUGAGAACAUGGAUACGUUGACUAUGGCCCAAUCAGUCAUCGGUUUGCCACCUCAAAUAAUGACAAUCGAUCCCAUCAAUAUAGAAUACGUUCUACGUCAUAACUUUUCGAACUAUAUCAAGGGGCCACAACUGAUGGAUGCAAUGGGCGAUCUUUUCGGGCACGGUAUUUUUAUUGCGAAUGGUGAACGCUGGAAAUACCAUCGCAAAACAGCUAGCCACAUAUUCAACGUCGUGACGCUCCGAGAUCAUUUCACAGAUGUAUUCUUGCAAGAGCUCAAGUCCAUGUCCAAGUGUAUCUUCGACACCAAGGUCCAAACGGGAGAGUCGAUUGACUUUGCGCAUCUUAUGUCCAAGUAUACUAUGGAGUCCUUUGUUCGCGUCGCGUUCGGCAGAAAAUUAAAUGGAUUAUUGGAUGAGAAGAACGCACACUUUGCCCUUUCUUUUGAUGCUUGUCAACGCAUUUCCUUUCACCGUUUUGUGAAUCCUUUUACCGAUUUACAAGAAUCACUGAAGCCUAUUUUCUCAUCUGGAUCGAUGACAUACAAACAGCACUUGAAAAUUGUCAAUGACUUUGCGUAUGGGCUGAUAAAAGAGCGAAGACAACAUAUUAAAGCUGAUUUCGAGUUCCAGGAUAUGCUGUCCCGGUUUAUGACGACAGAAACACCCACCGGCAACUCUUUGAGCGACGAGGAAUUGCGGGAUACCUUGCUGACCUUCUUGGCAGCAGGAAGAGAUACUACAGCCGAUUCGAUCAAUUGGUCGUUUUACUGCUUGGCUAACCACCCGGAGGUAGAAGCAAAACUCUUACAAGAGAUUCAUCAUAGUCUUCCAGACAACGAGGAAGAUCCAUCAAAGCUUUAUGAUAUCAUCAGAAAAAUGACAUAUGCUCAUGCUGUAUUUUACGAGGUUCUUCGAUUAUAUCCAUCUGUACCAACAAAUAUUCGACUGGCCGCCCAUGAAGACAGAUUACCCAGCGGUACUAAAGUGUGCAACGGCGAUUCGAUCAUGUGGUCACCAUAUGCAGCUGGAAGAUCAACAAAACUGUGGGGUCCUGAUGCGAAAAACUUUGAUCCAGAGCGAUGGAUUACUACAGAUGGGGAGUUGAAGCGACUGUCACCGUACCAAUGGAUGGUGUUUAAUGCUGGUCCCCGGAGCUGCAUAGGCCAAGGCCUCGCAACGCUAGAAGCAAUCCUAGUUAUUACGUAUCUUCUGAAGCGCUACAGGUUCAUAUUACUGCCGGAUCAAGAAAUUACUUAUGCGCUGUCACUGACACUUCAAAUGAGAUAUGGCAUGAAAGUAUACGUUGCCAAGCGAUAAAGUUACUUUCUUUCUAUCAACGACUUUACUAUGAUUCGAAUAAAUUUUAUGCA